GAGGUGAGCGAAGUCCAGCUUUGGGGCUGCCGCGGCUGUUGCGUCGUGCAGGUCCGCGCGGCGACUGUGGGCGGGGCUGAGGCUGUGAGGCGCGCGAGGAGGGGGCCCCACCAACCGUCGCUGCCUCCUCCACGCCCCCCGCCUGCCCCCAUCCCGGGGUCCCUGCCAUGAAUGUGGACGUGGAGUUUCAUAUUCGCCACAACUACCCUUGGGCCCGCCUCCCCGCCAGCGUCAAACAGGGUCUUGGAAACUCGCAGCGAGAAUAUGAAAAGCAGGUUGUACUCUAUAGUAUCCGCAAUCAACUACGGUACCGGAAUAACUUAGUUAAGCACGUCAAGAAAGAUGAACGCAGGUACUAUGAGGAACUGUUAAAAUAUAGUAGAGAUCAUCUCAUAUUAUACCCCUACCACUUGUCUGAUAUCAUGGUGAAAGGCCUGAGGAUAACGCCCUUUUCAUACUACACAGGAAUAAUGGAGGACAUAAUGAACAGUGAAAAAAGCUAUGAUUCGUUGCCCAAUUUCACUGCUGCAGACUGUCUAAGACUUCUUGGCAUAGGAAGAAACCAGUACAUUGAUCUAAUGAACCAGUGUCGAUCAUCAAAAAAAUUUUUCAGAAGGAAGUCCGCUCGUGAUCUGCUGCCCAUGAAGCCAGUGGAAAUUGCCAUAGAGGCUUGGUGGGUGGUACAAGCUGGCUACAUAACUGAGGACGACAUAAAGAUUUGCACUACCUCUGAAAAAUCCGCUAUUGAUAAAAUCAUUGACUCAGGCCCUCAGCUUGCUGGAUCCCUGGACUACAACAUAGUUCACAGCUUGUAUAAUAAAGGUUUUAUUUACCUCGAUGUACCCAUAUCAGAUGACAGUUGUAUAGCAGGCUUUGUUAUGAACAGGCUGCAGGGCGAUUACUUCGAAACCCUGCUCUACAAGAUAUUCGUUUCAAUAGAUGAACAUACGAACGUGGCAGAGGAAAGUAGUUUUGUGUUGUUAAAUGGCUUGACUGUCGGGAUGGCAGCCAUUACUGGUGUAUUUGAAAUGAGGAUGCUGUUGUCGUGGGACAGUGCAGAAAGCAGGAGUCCCGUGCAGGAGGGCGGAUCGUCCGCUACAGAUACAGACACAAACAGUCAAGAUGACCCAGAUACAGCCAGCGUGAGCAGUUUAAGUCUGUCUAGCGGGCACACAAAACGCAUAGCCUUCCUGUUCGAUUCGACUCUCACUGCCUUUCUAAUGAUGGGGAAUCUUUCACCGAAUUUGAAAAGCCAUGCCGUCACCAUGUUCGAAGUUGGGAAACUGUCAGAUGAAUCACUGGACAGUUUUCUUAUAGAACUUGAAAAGGUUCAGAGCACAGGAGAGGGAGAAGCACAGAGAUACUUUGAUCAUGCACUAACUUUGCGAAACACUAUCCUCUUUCUGAGGCACAAUAAGGACCUGGUGGCUCAAGUUACACAGCCUGAACAACCCAACAAUGGUUUCCCUCUGGAUUUGCUGCGCUGUGAAAGCUUGCUCGGCCUGGACCCCGCGACGUGCAGCAGAGUUCUGAACAAAAACUACACACUGCUCGUCUCCAUGGCUCCUCUCACCAACGAAAUCCGACCCAUCAGCAGCUGUACGCCUCAGCAUAUUGGACCAUCCAUUCCAGAAGUUAGCUCAGUAUGGUUCAAGCUCUAUAUUUAUCACAUCACUGGACAAGGACCCCCAUCCCUUUUGCUGUCUAAAGGAACAAGACUUCGGAAACUUCCAGAUAUUUUUCAGGGUUAUGAUCGCUUACUAAUAACAUCUUGGGGGCACGACCCAGGAGUGGUCCCAACUUCAAACGUGCUCACCAUGCUGAACGACGCUUUGACCCAUUCCGCUGUUCUGAUUCAGGGGCACGGGAUGCACGGGAUCGGGGAGACGGUUCACAUGCCAUUCCCAUUUGAUGAAGCAGAACAACAAGGAGAGUUUUCCCAUGUCAACAUGGGUGUCCAUAGAGCGCUGAGGACCUUAAGGGAAAAGAUGGAUCUGCAGCACUUUUGUGGCUACGUCACCAUGCUGAACUCUUCCACUCAUCAAGUACACAGGAAGCUGAGCGACGCCUCUGAUGGAAAAGGUGAGGCAGAGCUGGCACUAGGCACAGAUGUGAAUGGGAGCACAGAGUCAUUUGAGAUGGUCAUUGAAGAGCCACCCGUGGAUUCUGCAGCCAAGCAGAGUCCUGAAGUCCCCACCACAGAACUGGAAUGGGUUCCCUUGGAGCUGUGCUUCGGCAUCCCGCUCUUCGGCUCCGAAUUAAACCGGAAGGUCUGCCGGAAAAUUGCCAGUCACGGACUGUGUAGCAAGGACAGCCUGCAAAAAUUGUUACAUUCCAGUAGGAAACUUUCUCUACAGAUCCUUAGCUUUGUUCAUUCAUUCCAGGAAAGCAUUUCGACAAUGGAGCUCCUCUCCGAGGCCAGUGUUUCUUCCUCUUCGAGUUUACUUUCUCCUCCCGGCGGCACCGACACAGGCGUCCCACUUCCCGCUAAGAAUCUAAUGUUCAAGGACGGUGUGUUGUCAGAAUGGAAUGGACGGUCUCCUUCCUCUGUCCUUAUUGCAACCGUGCCCCAAGAACACCUGAAGUAGCAUGAAGGGGGUCCACCGUGUGGUGUUCACAUCUCGCCGCCUUACUUCCCGGUAACCAACUGCGUUCAGCUGAACCGUGCCAACUUCCUAAGGAGUGUCCUGCUACCGUGGCAUGACUUCUGCAAACGAUAGUGUUAUUAAAGUGUAGUGCGCACUUAACUUGGGGAGACGCAUCCAGAUUUGCCUUUCUGUUCAUUCCUGCAUGUCUUGCUGCCGCCGGAAGCUUUUCAGUUGUCGGCCCGUUUUCUCUUUCUAUCUCGAGACAAUCUUGUCUUUCUUUUGUAACCGAGGGCACCCUUCGUAGGCUUUCUGUCCACUGGAUUUCUACACCGUCACAGCAAAUUAAUGGUACUUUUAUAUGUUAGUGAUGUCAACUUAUUAAAACAAAACAAAUAAAGCUAAUUUUUUUAAAUCGUAUUAACACACAACAGUUUAAGCAGUUUUGGGCAUUUAGAAAGGCACAAGCGUUAUUCAGAUAGUAUAACCAAAAUAUCUGACUUGAGGAAUGGGGUCCUAUAUAGUACUGGGAGGAUAUACUGUUGAGCCAUCACUGACAUGUUUAAAAAUGAUCUGUUUAACCAGUGAGAUGGGAGAUUGGGCGAUAUUGACAUCAAUGUGUUGAUGCUCUUUUUUUUUUAAUGGUUUUAAUCUGAAACUUAUAAAAGCACCUACCAAUGCCUCGUGAGGAAAACUUUUAGAUUCAACUUUUUUUUUUCAUCCUUGUUGGAACCUUGCUGAUACGUAGAAUCACAGCAGGGAUAAAUGUGGUGCUGUCUGUACAUAGAAGCCUUCAUAGACUGUGUCUCUCCCAUUCGAGUGUUUAAUACAUUUGCAAUACACCUGAAAACCCGAGGGCCUUCGUUCCCACGGCAGCAAAGCCCACAGUUAACCGAAAGCCUGCUGACACAGCCACUUCAACACAAAGGUAGCCAUAAUUUUUUAUUUUAUUUUUUUUGCACAUGAUGAUUCCUGGCCCGUGACCCAGUCAGUUGUGUGAAUCCAACUUCACAUGCAGAAUUCAGCUGCUGACAUGCCGCCACCAAUGGCUGUGGAGUUGAAUGAUGCACACUGUUUCAAGUCGACAUGGAUUUCCAAGCACAUGUCAUGCGGCUUGUGGGGAAAGUGGUUGUGUGAAGUGAGCUGUAGGCUGUCAAACACAGAAUGGCUGAUAUAAUGCAGGAAGAAAACCCCAAACCACCAUUGGAUGCAAUCUCCAGAAGUGCUGGCACGUUGCAACUUCUGUGGUGUACUCUGGAGACAGCAUGGAUGCAGUGGUUGGAGGACUCGUCCCACCGGCAACUGAUGUUUUUAUGGGACAAAACGAACACAGGUCAGAGUUGCCUUGGAUCUUUUAUGCAGGAAUAGAUGGAGACCGGAUUAAACCCCGCAGAACUGAUAAGCAGGCUGGGUAUUCCAUUGGGUAGUUUAGGAUACAGUCCUUUGGAAAGUUUCCUGUAGUGUUCCUGUAUGGCUCCCAGUUAGUUUUGGUUGGGGCUUGUGCCCAUAAUGUGGGGGGGGGGUGUCCCGUCCCCCCGUUAGCUGUUCAUCAUGACAAAAUGUUGAUGCAGUUAACUGAAGAUAGCUCGCUCUAGCUUUAGCAAGGGUCCCUCCCUCGAAUGGCAGGGGACAUGCGCACAGUGUUCAUUUAGCGGCUAGCUUGGUAUUGUUUCUAAAAAUUCUGAGCUGUGUUUUUCUCAUUUCAGGGUCUUCUGUGCAGCUGUAACAUGUCAAAUCACAGCUGUACAGAGAGUUUAGAAUAUUUGGUGUCAAAUCAAUGUGGUCUAAAAUGUUUGAAUUGGAUUUGGGGGGGCAGUUUUUUGUGGGGUAUCUUUGGAAUAGGUUUGGGGUUUUUUUUAAACUGCACAUUAGCUGGCUUUUGUGGUAGGGAAUGUUUUGGGACCAAGAACCUAGAGAGCGUCAAAGUGACAUUCGCAGUAGAAUACAGUCAUAACAAAUUCCUCUUUUUUUAUACGGUAGGAACAAAGAAUUUGUUGUCAUAGUUGAAAAUUGGAAAAAUGAAUACGGUUUAUUUUUUAAAUUCUUAUUGCUGGAAGUGGAUCUUGAAGUCUCAGUAAAGCUAAUGGCGUGAGCACUGCUGCCAUCUUGAAUGUGGUUGUUCAUGUUGUAUAGAUGGUAUAAUCCCAAAAAUGGCAGAGCUCAAAAGACUUAUCUUAGAUGCUGAUUUCAUCAGUAACUUAGGAGUCCUGGAAGGUGAACUGUGAAUUGGAUAUGGGGAAUCAAUAAUGGCUGUUUUCCAUAGGUGAGUUGGGGGGGUGACCAUUCCAAGACACAUUGCUACCCCCACUCUGCAAAUAUCCCAUCCAUGGUGAAAAACAAGAAAAUAGCUUAAUGCCCCCCCCACACUGAUCCUUUUUGCCACCUUUGCUAUAUUUUAAGGUGUGAUAAUUAAGUAUACUGUGAACAGACACAAGUUAUAUUCAACCAAAAACAUUAUAAUCUGUUGAGCUUCAUUGUAUUUUCUUUCAGCUGCUUUUGUCAAAAAAAAUCAAGUUUGUGAUGUUUGUUUUAGGCCUUAACAUUUCACAAGUUGUCUGUCUGUUUCCUAAUGAAAAUGUAUUUUGCCGCUCAAAUUUGAGAGUAAAUGAGACAUCUUUCAAAAGUAUUUUUAAACGGACUCGCCGUGAAAGGAUCUGGGAAUUCUUCAAGACACUUUUGCUGGAAUUUCCCUUUCUUAUAUGUCUCUCCUUCCUCUUCCACCCUUCUGGGAGUUUAAAUUCCCUCCAUAGUAGAUCUCUCUCUCUCUUCUUUUUCUUUCCCCCAAGACGUUUUCUACGAUUGCUUUAACUAUUUUGAAAGUUUUGAAGUGUGGGAGUCCCAACAGCUCAAAGGCAACCCAGUUGUUUUGUUCUCUACUCUGACAUUGUUGAUAGUAUGCAGUGAAAUGUACAAAAUCUGAUAUUUGAUUAAAUUAU